GCGGGCGUGGGUGAGAGCCAGAAGCCGGUUGGAGUUUGGGCAGAGCGUUGUCUUCGGAGGAUUCUUCAGUCACAAUGUCAACUGGCACAGAUGUUUCUCUUUCUUCAUAUGAUGAAGAUCAGGGAUCUAAACUUAUCCGAAAAGCUAAAGAGGCACCAUUUGUUCCCAUUGGAAUGGCGGGGUUUGCAGCAAUCGUUGCAUAUGGAUUAUAUAAAUUAAAGAGCGGGGGAAAUACUAAAAUGUCUGUUCACCUGAUCCACAUGCGUGUGGCAGCCCAAGGCUUUGUUGUGAGAGCAAUGACUCUUGGUAUGGGCUAUUCCAUGUAUAAGGAAUUCUGGGCAAAGCCUAAACCUUAAAAGAAGAGAAGCUGUCUUGGUUUUGUUGGUGGUGCUUGCUUUUUAGUUAGGCAUCUCAUAGUGAGUUUUUAUGUUUAUGUUGAAAAUAAAUCAUUUGAAUGGGUCAGACAAUAAUAUGGUAAUUUAGAUAUUGGCUUCCUUUCUUGCAGGCUUGAUUUGCCUGGUAACCAAAUUACUGGUGACCAAUUAACUAGCUAGGUCAUUCACGGGAGUCAAUUUAGCACAAAAGAAACUUGUCACUUUAAAUGUAGUGAUAAAAUAUGCUCCUUCUUAAACUCUUCUGUUAAAAUUAGUUGUAAAGAGGACAGUUUGCCAAUUCUGAAGUACUCCCAAUUGCUGCAGAAUAUCACAUGCUUUUGAUGUUAUAUAGGAAUCCUAUUUAAUUUAACUUUUUUCUGCCUGUUUUGCAGACUGAGUACUUCAGUUUUUAGGGCUCUUAAUCCUUUCAGAACAGUGCAAAGAAUAUAAGCUUCCCCACAACUGAAAAUAUGUGUAUUUAAACCAAACCCAAAAAGCCGAUAACAGCUGCUUAGUAGUAUUUAUUUCAGAACCGUACUUGUAAACAUGAGAAUAACUUAACUGUGGAUCCCAGUUUAGCUUUUUUUGUAAUUGCAGAG